CCCUCACUGUCCUGCUCGGGAGGGAGGCUUUGGUGGCUGAAGACCAGCUGGAGGUGGGGCUGAAACCCACCUCUCAAAGUCCAAUCUGAAGAUAUCACAGCACUGGGCCUUUCCCACCCCAAGACAAGUAAGCCACCUUAGAGCUUUCAUUGUAUUUGGCCCUCCCCACUCGAGUCUAGGAACCCCCACGGUCCCCACCUUCACUCCCUGCACGCGCACUCCUGCGGGUCAGAGUUGCUUCGUGCUCCAUCGUGGGUGGGGUAAAGCGAGGUGGGAGCCGAUGGUCCGCUUCCUGAAGGCACAGGCCAGCUUAGCCUGGGUGCUCAGAGGACCUCGGCUUGGGUACACGUUUGGGGGCUGGGAGACCGUUGCUGAAGGCAGCGAUCAUGUGGCGGGGGCACUAGGCGGAGUCAGGCGGUCACGUGAUUGGGAUGGGAUCACGUGACGGAGGGCGGCUGAGGAGCGCGGGGUGGGCGCCUUUAAGUCACGUGACAUGAGGAGAGGUGGGCGGGGACCUGGCGGACGCUCGCGGCGUCGGUGGCGGUGGCGCGCGGCGGCCGCUGAGACCGGGGCUUUGAGUCGCACCCCGCGGCCCGCCCCCCGCCGCCACCCUCGCAGAUCCGUGCUUUUUUCCCUUUGCUUCUCUCCCGUACUGGGUCAGUCCUGUCCGCGCUCGCGCGUCGGUUUGCGGGUGUGCGCAGGCGCGGCAGGGGCCAUUAGCCCCUUGGGUGGGCGGUGGAGCCCGGGAGCGCGCGGGCGAGACCAUGGCGGGUAGCAGCACUGGGGGCGGUGGGGUUGGGGAGACGAAGGUGAUUUACCACCUGGAUGAGGAAGAGACUCCCUACCUGGUGAAGAUCCCUGUCCCCGCCGAGCGCAUCACCCUCGGCGAUUUCAAGAGCGUCCUGCAGCGGCCCGCGGGCGCCAAGUACUUUUUCAAGUCUAUGGAUCAGGAUUUCGGGGUGGUGAAGGAAGAAAUUUCAGAUGACAACGCCCGCCUCCCCUGCUUCAACGGAAGGGUGGUAUCCUGGCUGGUGUCCUCAGAUAAUCCCCAACCCGAGAUGGCCCCUCCAGUCCAUGAGCCUCGGGCAGAACUGGCGCCUCCAGCCCCACCUUUACCUCCUUUGCCACCCGAGAGGACCAGCGGCAUUGGGGACUCAAGGCCUCCAUCCUUCCACCCUAAUGUGUCCAGCAGCCAUGAGAAUCUGGAGCCUGAGACAGAAACCGAGUCAGUAGUGUCACUGAGGCGGGAGCGGCCUCGCAGGAGAGACAGCAGUGAGCAUGGCGCUGGGGGCCACAGGACUGGUGGCCCCUCAAGGCUGGAGCGCCACCUGGCCGGAUACGAGAGCUCCUCUACCCUCAUGACCAGCGAGCUGGAGAGUACCAGCCUGGGGGACUCGGACGAGGAGGACACCAUGAGCAGGUUCAGCAGCUCCACGGAGCAGAGCAGUGCCUCCCGCCUCCUUAAGCGCCACCGGCGGCGAAGGAAGCAGAGGCCACCCCGCCUGGAGAGGACGUCGUCCUUCAGCAGCGUCACAGAUUCCACAAUGUCUCUCAAUAUCAUCACAGUCACGCUAAACAUGGAGAAGUACAACUUCCUGGGUAUCUCCAUUGUUGGCCAAAGCAAUGAGCGGGGAGACGGAGGCAUCUACAUUGGCUCCAUCAUGAAGGGUGGGGCUGUGGCGGCCGACGGGCGCAUUGAGCCAGGGGACAUGCUUUUGCAGGUGAAUGACAUGAACUUUGAGAACAUGAGCAAUGAUGACGCCGUGCGGGUGCUGAGGGACAUUGUGCACAAGCCUGGCCCCAUUGUGCUGACUGUGGCCAAGUGCUGGGAUCCCUCUCCUCAGGCCUAUUUCACUCUCCCCCGAAAUGAGCCCAUCCAGCCAAUUGACCCUGCUGCCUGGGUGUCCCAUUCCGCGGCUCUGACUGGCACCUUCCCAGCCUAUCCAGGUUCCUCCUCCAUGAGCACCAUUACAUCUGGAUCGUCUUUGCCUGAUGGCUGUGAAGGCCGGGGUCUCUCUGUCCAUACGGACAUGGCAUCGGUGACCAAGGCCAUGGCAGCUCCAGAGUCUGGACUGGAAGUCCGGGACCGCAUGUGGCUCAAGAUCACCAUCCCUAAUGCCUUUCUGGGCUCGGAUGUGGUUGACUGGCUCUACCAUCACGUGGAGGGCUUUCCUGAGCGGCGGGAGGCCCGCAAGUAUGCCAGCGGGCUGCUCAAAGCAGGCCUGAUCCGACACACCGUCAACAAGAUCACCUUCUCUGAGCAGUGCUAUUACGUCUUCGGAGACCUCAGUGGUGGCUGUGAGAGCUACCUAGUCAACCUGUCUCUCAAUGACAACGAUGGCUCCAGUGGGGCUUCAGACCAGGAUACCCUGGCUCCUCUGCCUGGGGCCACCCCCUGGCCCCUGCUGCCCACUUUCUCCUACCAAUACCCUGCCCCACACCCCUACAGCCCGCAGCCUCCACCCUACCAUGAGCUUUCAUCUUACACCUAUGGUGGGGGCAGUGCCAGCAGCCAGCACAGUGAGGGCAGCCGGAGCAGUGGGUCGACACGGAGUGAUGGGGGGGCAGGGCGCACGGGGAGGCCCGAGGAGCGGGCCCCCGAGUCCAAGUCCGGCAGUGGCAGUGAGUCUGAGCCCUCCAGCCGAGGGGGCAGCCUUCGGCGGGGUGGGGAAGCAAGUGGGACUAGCGAUGGGGGCCCUCCUCCAUCCAGAGGCUCAACUGGGGGUGCCCCUAAUCUCCGAGCCCACCCAGGGCUCCAUCCCUAUGGACCGCCCCCUGGCAUGGCCCUCCCCUACAACCCCAUGAUGGUGGUCAUGAUGCCCCCACCUCCACCUCCAGUCCCUCCAGCAGUGCAGCCUCCGGGGGCCCCUCCAGUCAGAGACCUGGGCUCUGUGCCCCCAGAACUGACAGCCAGCCGCCAAAGCUUCCACAUGGCCAUGGGCAAUCCCAGCGAGUUCUUUGUGGAUGUUAUGUAGCCCACUGUGGGGCCAGGCUGGGCCUGGCGCUCCUGGUGUGUGACUGGGUGUCCUGGCCGUCACGUGCUUGCUCUUACAGUGCCUGGGCUCAGCCUACCAGCUGCUGCCAUACAGGAGAUUGUGGCCACUGUGACUCUCACCAGCAGUGCCUGGUUCCUCCCCUUUCCCUCAGGGGUAGACAAGGGACCUUUGAUUAUUUUUAGCUUUGUUUUUUUAUAAGCCUUUUUGGGGGUUAAAAUAGAGUUUCUUACAUUUUUGGGACUUUUUAAAUAGGCAUUUCCUCUUUUAUAUGAAGAAUUCCCAUCCAUUGGGCCCCUUAUAACCCCAGAAUGUGACCUCCUCCUCCAGUUACCCACAGCCCUGCCCUGUGCAGGGUUGGGGGUGGUCAGCGGUACCCCGGGGUUAGGCAUCCUAGACAACAGCCUGAGGAAGCUGGGAGAUUUGGGCCAUGUAGCUGCCUUUGUUACUCUAUUUAUUUUAGUCACUUGUAUAAAACACCAAAUAAAGCAAUAGAGGCAAACUC